AUGAGUCAUUUCCUCACUCUCGCUUUCUGCUUCGCCUCACUCCUCCUCGGUGUCAACGCCGUAACCGAGCUGGAGCUCCGAUCUCUACUCGAGUUCCGGAAAGGGAUCCGCGACGAGAGCUCCAACAAACGCAUCUCAUGGUCCGACCCAAGCAGCCUCACUGAUCCCACUACUUGCCCCGAUGGCUGGCCCGGUAUCUCCUGCGACCCGGAAUCCGGCUCAAUCGUCGCCAUUAACCUCGACCGGCUCGGUCUCUCCGGCGAGCUCAAAUUCACCACCCUCACCGGUCUCACCUCUCUUCGCAACCUCACUCUCUCCGGAAACAACUUCUCGGGUCGGGUCGUGCCUUCGCUGGGUAAAAUCUCGUCGCUUCAGCACUUAGAUCUGUCAGAUAACGGAUUCUACGGACCCAUUCCGGGUCGGAUCUCGGAUCUAUGGGGCUUAAAUUACCUCAAUUUGUCUGCUAACAAGUUCGAAGGCGGUUUCCCUGGCGGUUUCCGGAACCUCCAGCAGCUAAGAUCUCUGGAUUUGCACGGAAACAACAUGUGGGGAGACGUCGGAGAGAUUUUCACCGAGCUGAAGAACGUUGAGUUCGUUGACUUGAGCUGCAAUCGCUUCCACGGCGGCUUAUCUCUAUCCAUGGACAACAUUUCGAGCAUUUCCAACACUCUCCGCCACUUGAAUUUGAGCCACAAUGGGUUAAACGGCGGGUUCUUCAACAAGGACUCCUUGGGUUUGUUCAAGAACCUCGAGAUCCUAGACCUAGAAAACAACCAGAUCAAUGGCGAGCUGCCGAGAUUUGAAACGCAGCCGAAUUUGAAGAUCCUGAAGCUUUCUCGUAACCAGCUAUUCGGCUCAGUGCCUGAAGAGUUGCUGCAGAGCUCGAUUCCACUGCGGGAGCUAGAUCUCAGUCAAAAUGGUUUUACAGGAUCAAUCAGUGAUAUCAAUUCAACAACUUUAACUCUGUUGAAUCUUUCUUCAAACGGCCUUUCUGGGGAUCUUCCAUCGAGUUUGAGAAGCUGCUUAGUGAUAGACCUGAGUGCGAAUACGUUCUCCGGCGAUGUAUCUGUGGUUCGAAACUGGGAAGCUACUCCGGAUUUUCUUGAUCUGAGCUCAAACAACUUGUCAGGAACCUUGCCAAACUUCACUUCAGCGUUUUCAAGAUUAAGUGUGUUGAGCAUCAGAGAUAACUCUGUUUCCGGUAGCUUGCCUUCUCUGUGGGAUGAUUCAGGGGCUUCACAGUUCUCAGUGAUUGAUCUCAGCUCAAACAAAUUCAGCGGCUCUAUUCCAGAGAGUUUCUUCACUUUUGGAAGCUUGAGAAGUUUGAAUCUUUCUAUGAAUAACUUGGAAGGGCCGAUUCCUUUCCGUAGCUCACGUGCGAGUGAGCUUUUAGCUUUAAGCUCUUAUCCUCAGAUGGAGUCGCUUGAUCUCUCGACGAACUCUUUGACUGGUGUGUUGCCUGGGGAUAUAGGUACAAUGGAAAGACUCAGAGUGCUGAAUGUUGCCAAUAAUAAUCUUUCCGGGGAGCUUCCAAGUGACCUCAACAAGCUCAGUGGCCUUGAGUUCCUUGACUUGUCAAACAAUACUUUUAAAGGUCGACUUCCCAACAAGCUUCCUUCCCAAAUGUUGAGGUUUAAUGUUUCCUACAACGACCUAUCAGGCAUAAUCCCGGAAGGCCUGAGAAGCUACCCACAUUCAUCGUUUUAUCCUGGUAACUCCAAGCUAAGUCUGCCAGGUGGGAUUCCAGUGGAUUCUACUCGUCAACUUGCUUUACGUGGGAAAGAGCAUCAUUCGAAGCUUAGCAUAAGGAUAGCAAUCAUUGUUGCUUCAGUUGGAGCUGCCAUUAUGAUUCUUUUUGUCUUGUUUGCCUAUCAUCGAACACAGCUCAAGGACUAUCAUGGGAGGAGUGGGUUUGCUGACCAAGCCACCACUAGAGACGCCAAGUUUGGACGCUCUUCACGUCCUUCCUUUCUCAACUUCAGCUCAAAUGAACACCCGUCGUCAUCUUUGAGCUUCUCGAAUGAUCACUUGCUCACCGCGAAUUCAAGGUCUUUAUCCGGGAUACCUGGAAGUGAACCUGAGAUAUCUGAGCAGGUUGUUCCCGCUAGUAACCCUAACCUCCUUGAUGAUUACCCUGCAACAUCUGGAUCUGGACGGAAGUCUUCUUCAGGAGGCUCCCCGUUAUCCUCCUCGCCACGUUUUAGCGACCAGCCUGUGAUGUUAGAUGUUUACUCACCCGAUCGAUUGGCUGGAGAACUCUUCUUUUUAGAUGUUUCACUGAAACUCACAGCGGAAGAGUUAUCCCGAGCUCCUGCAGAAGUUCUUGGUAGAAGCAGCCAUGGGACACUCUACAAAGCUACGCUUGAUAAUGGACAUAUGUUAACCGUGAAAUGGCUGAGAGUUGGACUUGUGAGGCAUAAGAAAGAUUUCGCCAAGGAAGCUAAAAAGAUCGGCUCUUUAAAACAUCCGAACAUUGUCCCGUUGCGAGCUUACUAUUGGGGUCCCAGAGAACAGGAAAGGCUUCUCCUUUCUGAUUACAUGAGAGGAGAAAGCUUGGCCAUGCAUCUAUACGAGACGACUCCUCGGAGGUAUUCUCCAAUGUCUUUCACACAAAGACUAAAAGUUGCGGUUGAAGUGGCGCAAUGUCUUCUUUACCUUCAUGAUAGAGCAAUGCCACACGGGAACCUAAAGCCGACAAACAUAAUCCUCACAAGUCCAGACAAUAGCGUGCGAAUAACCGAUUAUGGAAUCCACCGUCUGAUGACUCCAUCUGGUGUAGCGGAACAGAUACUAAACAUGAGUGCACUCGGUUACUCUGCUCCUGAGCUUGCCUCGGCUUCUAAACCAGUACUGACACUCAAAUCUGAUGUCUACGCGUUUGGUGUGAUUCUCAUGGAGCUUUUGACUAGACGGAGUGCUGGCGACAUAAUCUCGGGUCAAUCAGGAGCGGUUGAUCUGACAGAUUGGGUGCGGUUGUGUGAUCAGGAAGGUAGGAGAAUGGAUUGCAUAGACAGAGACAUUGCAGGUGGAGAAGAAUUCUCAAAGGCAAUGGAGGAUGCACUUGCGGUUGCAAUCAGGUGCAUUGUCUCUGUAAAUGAAAGGCCUAACAUCAGACAAGUUCUUGAUCAUCUUAGCUCGAUUUCUUCUGCUUGA